AUGUCGUCCACCGGGUUCAACAAACUCCCCGUGGAGCUCGCCCUGGAAAUUUCACAGUACCUUGACCAUGUCAGCAUUGCCAGACUUUCAGGGGUCUGCAAGAACCUGUCCCACAUUCUGAAAGACUCAAGUCAGGAGGCAGCACGGGAGUACGCCUUUCUUCCUACAUUGCGCGCCCCGCGAUGCGAUGAGAUAGGCGAUGAGAUAAGAGAAUGGGACCGGCGCAGCACCCGACCAAGGCCGUCUGCAUCGCAUAUCGAGAUGGCAAUUAUAGAGAACCGAAUUGAAUCUCUUCGAGCAUUUCUCGAUGCAGGAGUGGACCCAAACAGUUUCGGCACUGACGGCCUUCGCUUGCUUGGCACGGCCCUCCGAAAUCUCCGACUUGACGCCGUAAAAAAGCUGCUGGAGUAUAAAGUCGACGUAAACUUGCGCGUGCGGUCGGGGCGUUCACCGUGGAGGUAUUUUGAUCGUGAGUUCGAAAAUUCCCCCCUGGCAUAUGCCUGCCGAGCCUUAGAAGCCUUAGAAGGGCACCCUGCUGUUCCGGCAUCGUAUUGCCCGCGGACUAAUUACGAUGUUGAUGUUGUCCUGCCAAUCAUCAAUGCGGGGUAUGAAUCCUUUUCGUCCUUUGACAUAAGUCUGCUCUCUACAAGACGCGAUUUCCCCCACAUCAUGAUAUCAUUAUUGGACAAGGGACUCGACCUCAAGGAUUUGUCCAACCCACACGGGACUGGUGCUCUCAUAGGGGCUGCCUGCGAUAUUUUGCACUGGCCCUAUACCAUGAGACUGCAAUAUACGGAUAUGCUAGAAUCGGCUACAAAUGAGAAAUGGCCAACCGGGCAGGCGCCGUAUGGUGAAGACCUUCCUAUGGCCGAGUACAUGGAUCUUGUGGCUUUUGUUUACACCAAGUACCCUGAGUUGCAUGAGUGA